AUAAUAAUAAUAAUGGGUUGUUAGAAAAUACGCCUAAUGAGAACAAUUAUCUGAAACAUAAAACCACCUGUCUCAUUUCAUUUAAAUGUUUAUGUGUAUAUAAAAACGAACUGUCAAAAAGCGACCGGAAGCGCCUGUGUACAGUUACUGAGCUAAUUUUGAAUGAAAUGUGCUGCGAUAGGCUACAAUUCGCUUCAGCUCACGCUCAGUGAAUAUAUUGCAUUUCACACUAGAAUAAAAUAUGCCGUAUUAGUUAUGAAAUUUGCAGGCAUAACUAAGAGAAACCAUUUACUUAUACAGUAUGGACUUGUGAAUAAUAUUAAUUUUAAAUGCUUCUGUAGUUUUUCUUCGGUUGACUUUGCUACGUGUCAGCGUUUAUCACGUGUUUCGCAAUAUCAAGUUAUUUCGCGUGUUUAUCACUGGUACGUCAGCAUUCAGUAAACUGCGUUGUAACGUUGAAUUGUAUAAAUGUGCUAUAUACCAUCUAUAAACAACAAAUUCAAAGAAGCAACUUAAAUGUGCGUCCAUUAUUAUUCUUCUCAAAAUGACAGAACAAUAUCCAAUAAUGACCAUAAUUUCUAGAGAGUAUGGUACAUUUCCAGUAGGCUACCUCACCUUGCAGUAACCAAGAAAAGGCUAGGGGGCGGGGGAGUUUAAGUCUACACAUUUUCAUGUGACGUCCUUGGGCUCCGAGCUCACUGCUGAAUUUUCGUCCACCUCAUUUAUAAUAGUUAAGCCAGUAGUGAUAAGCCUAAUGAUUGAUCUUUCGGAUCGCACCUAGCGACUCCGUGCUCUGAGGAUUUAUCAGCGUGAUCCCGGUGCGCUCGUUUCGGGAAACAAGAUGUUCUGUUGAUGGAGGGACUGUCUGUCAUUUUCUUAAAUAUCGCAUGAAAACUAGCGCAGAUGAGUUUCAGUGACAACAACACGGGGCUUUUGUUUUCGGAACCGGGUAGCAGAAUUGAUCAAGAGUAUCAGACCAUAAAAGAGGCAGGGCCGUGAACUAUAUAACACGUUAUUAUGUGUAACGAGAGUUAUUUUGGUUGCGUUAGGUUCACGCAAUUGUGGAUAGCCUGUAUGGAAUAAAAACACGAGUGCAUAUUUCAAAAAGUAAACAGCGCGGAGCCUUAACUUAAAAGUCAGCUGGUGUCGAGUUAACGCUGGUCAGCACGUAAAGCUGCCGCGCCGCUUCCCUUCUGUUUACUUGCGUCACAUGAAUGAAAAGUUGUCGUUUCGAUGAACAGAUGAGUGUCGCCCCAUUGUCCCCGCCGUGUUAUAGAAGUGGGCGGAUAACUGUGUCUCUCUGCCCAAUGGUAGCCACGUCUCCUAUAAGAGCAGAGGAGCGCUCUGCCAUCCAAAAAACCCCUUAAACCAUCAUCAUUCCGGCUUAGGAACCACACUCUGCAACUGCCUCCACCCGCCGAGAGAUGACAGUCUCAAUAUCGGCGCCCGCAGCACACUCAUGGCCGUGGGAGCUCGAAGCUGCAUAGUACCGGCGAGCCGACCAGACACCGCAAGCGCAUCUGACUGAAGCGGGAAGUCAGUAAAAUAAGGAUUUUACAUAGAAAACCCUUAGUGAGAAGUUGGCUGCUUGUUCAAUGCCAUCAUGAUCAUCUUUUCGUCACGCAGUGUACUGCUGUCAGUGUACUACCCGCAGAUCUUCCUCAUCCUUACCAGUGGAAGUUACCUGGCCUUGUCCUCGGUAGUGGCCCUGGGCGCCAAUAUCAUCUGCAACAAGAUCCCUGGCCUGGCCCCUCGGCAACGGGCAAUCUGCCAGAGCCGCCCGGAUGCCAUCAUUGUCAUCGGUGAGGGUGCGCAGCUGGGUAUCAACGAGUGCCAGUACCAGUUCCGCUAUGGGCGCUGGAACUGUUCGGCCCUGGGGGAGAAGACCGUCUUUGGGCAGGAGCUAAGAGUGGGCAGCAGGGAGGCGGCCUUCACCUACGCCAUCACGGCGGCAGGCGUGGCCCAUGCGGUCACGGCGGCCUGCAGCCAGGGCAACCUGAGUCACUGCGGCUGCGACCGCGACAAGCAGGGCUACUACAACCAGGAGAAGGGCUGGAAGUGGGGAGGCUGCUCAGCGGACGUCAAGUACGGCAUCGAUUUCUCCCGAAGGUUCGUAGACGCCCGCGAGAUCAAAAAAAACGCCCGGAGGCUGAUGAACCUCCAUAACAACGAGGCGGGAAGGAAGGUUCUGGAGGACAGGAUGAAACUGGAAUGUAAGUGUCAUGGAGUCUCAGGAUCCUGCACCACCAAGACCUGCUGGACGACGCUGCCCAAGUUCAGGGAGAUUGGCUAUAUCCUGAAGGAGAAGUACAAUGAGGCGGUGCACGUAGAGGUUGUGCGGGCUAGCCGGCUGCGACAGCCCACCUUCCUAAAGGUCAAGAAGAGCCCUGAUUACCGCAAGCCCAUGGAGACGGACCUAGUCUACAUUGAGCGCUCACCGAACUACUGCGAAGAGGACGCCGCCACGGGCAGCGUGGGGACGCAGGGCCGCCUAUGCAACCGUACCUCGCCACACACAGAUGGCUGUGACCUCAUGUGCUGUGGAAGAGGCUAUAAUACGCAUCAGUACACCAAGGUGUGGCAGUGCAACUGCAAGUUCCAGUGGUGCUGCUUUGUCAAGUGCAACACCUGCAGCGAGCGGACGGAGGUGUUCACCUGCAAGUAGGGCUCAGGCCGGGGUCGGCGGCGUUUUUGGAAGAACGCGAUGAACAAGAACAAAUGGAAUUUACAACGUGGAAUCCCUAUGCCGUUGUUUUGCACACAAGAAUCUCGGUUUGCUUUAAAGUGUCAAUAGAUAAAACAUCCAUAGGUAAAAGUCCAACUUGACUCACAGGAUAAAAAUGGACGCUUGUAAAAAUGGCACAAAGUGACUAACUCCAAAGGAUGUUGUGAAACAUCGCAUCACCUGCUUUUUUGAUAGAACAGAAAGUUAACAGUCCUGUAGAGUAAUGGUCAGCCUUUAGUCUAAUUAACUUAAAGGAAUUGCAGGGGAGAGCAGGCCUGACUAUUAAAAAUCCAUGGACAUUCCUUUUUUUAUGAGCUGUCAAAGCAAAGAACGCUACAUUAACUUAGCGCCCUUCAUGCGCUGAAUUAGCCUCAAUGGGAUUUAUCUCUACAGUAAGCCUUAUGCCAACUGGAAAAACAUGGAGUAUGUUAGCUAUCCAGUCACACUGGGACUGUUUGAACACUGAAAAUAAUUUGUUUAUUUAUGUUAUAGUAUCUUUAAACAAAGCACUAACGGGUAGAAAUGUCUUAUUUUGUUCUAAGUGUAAAAAGAAACUUUUUAGAGAUUAUAUUUGAAGGUGCAUAUCAUUUUAACUACCCCGUCCCCACUGCUCUUUUUUGAACAAUAACAUUGCUACUGAUGUGUGGAAUUCAGAUACCUACCCACAAUGCAUUGCAUUUCUCAUGCAGACACAUUUGUUUCAGUUCGCUGUAGCUGGUGGCUGGGAGGUGCAACGCUGUUUCUGCUUUCUGUUUCAUUAUAAGAGAAGAUACCAUUAAAUGCGAACACUAUGACUCUGGGUUCGCUGUCCAAUUCUGCACUGACUAUAAAAAGAAUCCAAUACCACUCAGCUGAAAAGAAAUCAAUAUCAGUCUGAGCAAUGUUUGAAAUAAAUGUGACCGACCGACCGAACGUCAUGCUGCUUCAGGGUCUCACGCCCAAAAAAUUUGUUAGUGACCUUGCUGCUGGUUCGUGUUCCCCAGCUUUUGGGGCACCUGCCCGUGAGCAGGCAAUAGACACAAGCCAAACCCCCCAAAGGGAACCAAGAGCCCAGCUGGGUCAUGGCUUUUUGUAAACAGUAGAUCUGUCUGAGGUUCGUUUGAGAAGACACUGGAUUUUGGCAAAUUUCGGCUAAUGAAUGAAACUUAAUUAAAAUUUAUAUACAUAUGUAUAAUGUUAGUUAUAUAUGUGGUACUGAAACAUAUACAAUCGUAAUAUUAAGAAUAUUUAUAAUGAUGUAUAUAUGUCUGUCUAUACUUUUUGCACUUUAAAUCAUUUAUAUUCUGAAACAAAUGUUAUUGAUAUUGUUAUUAUUGGUAGUUUGACAAAACAGUUGUUUUUCUAAAGAAUUUGCUCUGAAACUGAAAAUCCAACUCAAAAAGUUCAUUUGUUUUUCUUUUAUACUUAGUGUACAUAGAGCGAACCUGAGGAGAUUUACUCUGGAGAACAAUUAUAAUAGCUCAGUUAUAAAUAAUAUUAGUAAUAUUAGUAAAUUGUUUACUUUAAGGAGUAUUUGCAUUAUUUAGUUUUCAUAACAACCACUGCUUUUUGACAUAAUCAAGCCAGCUGUCUAUAGUAAAAUUCAGAAUAUAGAAAUUUAUUACUUUGUAAAUAUAAACAUUUAUUGUUUUAUUAAAAGACUAAUUGCUUAAAAAUGUAUAAAUCCUGGUUUUGCGUUCUCUUGCCACAGUGAUCUGCAGAGGCAAAUGAGGCACGGCUUUUAAAUUUUCCACUCUCUGUUAAUGGUUCUGUUCCUGGGCACAGCACCAACAGGUUGAACACACCAUCCCACACUUGACAGUUACGCAAACAGCCUCUUCGAUGUGUUUUGAGAUUCCUCUAUGCUGUCAGCAGUGUCUGGAAAAGUCUCUAAGAUAUUUUAAUAUAUACAACUAAGAUGUGACUAUGGUUUUCCUGAAAUCAAAGUAAUAUAUUUUCUUUAUAUCAAUUUUUCAACUUAAGGAGAUCAGUUUUUCAAUUUUCACAGCUAACGAUAUCCUGAAAAUGUGGUUGAAAUAUGAUACAUUGUAUUUCUAAUGCAC